AUGGCUCCCGCCCGCCCGCCCGCCCACGUGCCCGGGGCGCGGGCUCCUUGGACGUCGGCGGUGGCGGUGGCCGCUGCUUUCGGGGUCACGACGUCUAGCAAACUGACCCUGGCGUCUGGCCCGCGCUCCCAGGAGCCAAAGCCCAGGCCAGCCCAGCUGGAGGGCGCAGCCUGGUGGCCUCCUACCUGCCCCUGUGGAUUGUGCCGCUGGGCCCCAGGAAACCGUCAGGCGGCUCCUGGAGCUUUGCCAACGGUGACUGACUGUUCCCCCGGGGCCUCACAGGCUCCUGGGCGAGGGGUCCGUUCGGAGGACUCCAAGAGGAGCAGCACGUCCGUGUUGACACUGCUGGUGCCGCUGCUGGUGCGCGCCUCCGUGCCCGUGCCCGGUGCAGAACCCAGUGCAGGGCCUGAACCCACGACCCUGAGACCAAGACGUGAGCUGAGAUCAAGAGUCAGGCGCUCACCCAAUGAGUUCCCCAGGGGCUCCACUCUGUUCUCCCCUCACAUCAUUUUGUCAUUUCAAGAAUGUUUUCUACAUGGAAUCCUAUGGUAUCCCGCAGGGGCGUUGCAACAGUCAUCCACUGAAGGGCAGCUGGGGUGCUUCGAGCUGUUGGCUAUUACAAAGAGCCUGCAGGGGAACCUCGGACGUUGGUGGGGAGUGGAGUCCUCUUGGUGCUUGGCGGAGGGCCCGCUGGACCAUAGGAGGCUUGGAGCACUGCAGGCCAGCGGGGAAGGGACCUGUUCUUCCUUUACUGUGUCCCCAUCAUUCCAGGGGGGCCUCGGGGGACAAGAUGAUGGAUCCGGGUGGUGUGCAAGGUGCUGCUGCUGUGUCCCCGCCCCCCAUCACAAACACACCCCGCGCCCGCCGGUGCCCUUCCUCCUUGCUGCCUGCUCCUCUCCUAGGGGCCCUUGCUCCUACGUGCACCUUCUCUUGAGACGGUGCUCGCAGCACGAUCUGGAUGUCAUGUGGCCUUGUCUGGGAUCAGGUCACCCUCCGCCAAGUGGCCUAGUAGCCUUGGACUCAAGCCUCAGCUGGCAGAGCUGGAGGAAGGGGGGCUGCACCUCGGUGGAUGUCCUAGGGUAGAAGGAGUUGGAACCGGGGAGCCCCUCGCCCCCAUUCACACACUCAGACUCCACCUCAGAUCCGGCGCCUGCUCUAAGGUAUUGACUCCUAAAACCUCAGGGCACUUGUUCUUUUGAAUUCUCUGAGCUGUCUCUUCUCCGUUCGUAUCUUGAGACCGUACUCCAGUGACUCCCAUUUCAGGGGACUUGGCCCAGUGUUCCAGCUCACCCGCUGUCAACGGGUCUAAAACAUACAGCAAGGAGCGUCUGGGUGCUCAGGCGUUUCCAUCAAGCGUGACUUAGAGGUUUGGAGAUGUGGAACCAAGGGCUCUAUCCAAACGAGCAGGUUGUCUUCAUAAAGUACGAGGCAUCGAUGCGAUGAACUUUUUCACAGAACAUUUUUAAAAUGCCCAUAAGAUAUGACAAAGAGCUAGCGGCUGGCUCGUGGUGGGAGGGCUAAGAAUGGGCGCUGCGCACUUAAAAGGUGCUCCCUUUGUCAAGAGUUUAUUUGCCUCUUAGUCCUCUCUGCACUGAACGAGGGGCUCAAGCUCACACCCCUGAGUUCAAGGGUCACACCCCAUUCCUUUUUUUCUUUAAUAAAAAGAUUGCAUUGAUUGAUU